AUGAGCCGAAUGUCCAACAGCGCCGAGACCCAGGAGACUAUCUCCUGGUUUUCGGAUGGCAAGCCCCUACGUGUCCAAGGAGACAAUGGUCUCGAACCGGUCAACGAAGCUGCCAUGCAUCGACGCAUUAAUCGGAAGAUGGACAUUUCUCUACUCCCUCUUCUUUCCCUUCUCUACCUUUUCAAUGGCCUUGAUAGAGGAAACGUGGGAAAUGCACAAACUCAAGGCUUCACCACGGACAUCGGAGCUGUUCCAGAUGAUCUGAACCUAGCGGUCUCUCUGUUCUUCAUCACUUUUGUUGUGUUUCAACCUCCUUCGGCAGCCAUUGGUCGAUGGCUUGGGGCGAAGCACUGGAUCCCCAUUAUGAUGAUCGGUUGGGGGUUCAUUACCUUGGUCCAAGCAUUCAUCAAGGGACGAGAUGCCCUCAUUGCCACUCGCCUCCUGAUCGGCGCCUUCGAAGCCGGUUUUUAUCCCACUGCCGUCGCCUAUCUGUCAUUCUUCUACUGCAGAUACGACCUCGCGGUUCGCGUCGGUCUUUUCUACGGACAAUAUGCCGUUGCGGGGGCUUUCUCUGGAGCAAUUGCCUACGGCGUCUUCCAUUUGCGCGACGGAAUCCUGAAGAAUUGGCAAUAUCUAUUCAUCAUUGAGGGAACCCUGACCAUCUUCUUCGGCCUUAUAGCUUGGUUUUUCCUGCCAUCGGGUCCUGGGUCUGCUUGGUUCUUGACGCCGGACGAACAGCAGUUCGCAGCAGAGCGGAUGAGGCAGGACAAUGCACUCUUCGUCGAGCACACCUACAGCAAGAACGGCAUCGAAAACGAACGCUUGAAGAAAAGAGAUUUCCUCGAGACACUUCGAGACUGGAAGUUCUGGUACGUUUUGGUGUUCAACAUCUGCGCCAGCGUGCCAGGACAAGCCUUUUCUGUGUUUCUUCCACUCGUGGUGCAGGGGCUUGGGUAUUCUUCCAUACAGGCCAACUUGAUGUCCGUUCCACCGUAUGUAUGUGGCGCUCUUGGCCUGUACUUGUUUGCCUUGAGCUCGGACUACCACAAGGAACGUGGAUAUCAUAUCGUGGGGGGAAUUUUGAUUGCUCUCGUUGGACUGAUCGCCACGGUCACCGUCGAGUCACACGCCGGGAAGUAUGCAGCUCUUUGCGUGCUCCUACUUGGCAGCUAUGUUGCUGCGCCCCUGACUGUUGCUUGGUUGAGUGGAAACAACCCAGAACCUGGGAAGAGAGCCAUUGUCCUUGGCGCGAACGGCUUCGGAAACCUCGCCGGCGUUAUUGGGGCGCAACUCUACCGCGAUCGCUACAAACCGAACUACAGACUUCCUUUCUAUGUUACGUUGGGCUUCGUGGCAGUAGCCCUUGUCGGAUAUCUGUCGUACAGAUUCAUAUUGGUACGGGUCAACCGGAGAAAGAUUGAGAUCCUGCGACAAAAGACUUCAGAAGACAUUGAAAGGGAGCGAGUCGACAGUACGCGGUACGCCGACAGAAAGUGGACAUUCAUCUACGGUCUUUGA